UUUGAGGGCGUUGCUCUUGAAGAAGAGGAUCUGAACGGCGAGCUGAUGAACGAAGACAUACGUAUCCAUAGCUGGCCUUGUUCUUACUACUUGGACACCAGCAAACAAUGGGUCUCUGGCAGACUCUCACUGACUCCUGUUGCGAUCAAAUUUACAGCUGACAAGACUGGGGAGCUUUUGGUCAACUUCCAUCUUUCUAGUGUCAGUGAGAUCAAGAAGGAAUCUUCAAAUUUAAUCUUCAGCUCCCUUACCAUCUUAGAGAAGAACACCAAGCACUGGUUCAGUUCUCUGCAACCCAACAGAAAUGUGGUAUUCAACAUCCUUGAGCACUUCUGGAGGGAGCAGUUGCUGUCAAGCCAAGGUGCAGGAGCAGAAGCAGCAGCUUUGCAGUCAACAAAGGGAAAAGAACUGACCGGGUUAUUGACUGGAUCGCAGAAACGACUGGAGGACACAGCAAAAGUGCUGCAUUACCAGGGCGAGCAGUUUGAUAACAUCAUGAGAGGACUCAACAAGAUCGAAGGGGAUAUGGAUGUAGCAGACAGGUUGUUGACUGAGCUCGAAUCUCCUUCUUGGUGGCCGUUUAGCAGCAAGCUCUGGAAAGCACUAUUGGAAACCAAGCCAAAGGAAACUGCCACAGUUUCCGAUUCGAAGAACCAGGAAGGAAUCAUAAUUAGAAUUCCAGUUAUUAUCACCCACAGAACAGACUCAAAUGUCAAGCCAGGAAAACUCACGCUCUUCGCUUCUGGCCUGGAAAUCAGUGACUGCAAUUCUCAGGUCAUUCACCGGUUUGAAUCAAAGGAUGUAGAUGAUAUCAGAGUUCACACGCCAUAUGAAAUCAGUGUCCGUCAGAGAUUUAUUGGGAAGCCUGACACCUCUUACCGGCUCUUGUCAGCAAAGAUGCCAGAAGCAAUCCCCAUCUUGGAGAUGCAGUUUAGCAAGAAGAUACAGUUUUUAGAAGAUGCCCUAGGAUUUGUUGGUGCCAGGAAGUCUCCUCAGGUAGAUUUGGGGACCUCCAUUUGGCAAGCAGCCACGGGACUCCUGGGAGGAGCGGUGCAGCCCGGCUCUCCGGUGGGAGGCAGAGAAGGGAUGGACAAUGACCAGGUUCAGCUGCAGAAGCAAGAGAAGAUCUCCCAGGAAGAAGCAAAAGAGCUUAAACAGAUACUAAAGAAACUGAAGGGCCUUGCCUUGGAGACAGAAGCCGAGCUGGAGAGGCAGGAUGAAGCUCUCGAUUCCAUCACUACCUCCGUAGACCGCGCAACGCUGAAUAUUGACAAGCAGAACCGCAGAAUAAAGAAACUAACGUAGCGCCCGCAGGAGCCAGCGGGGAUGGUAUUGUGAGGAAGAGGAGGAUCGGGGAACUGUAUUUUUCAAGACUGUUUCUUUAAUAGACACUUUGAUUGCGUGGGAGGUGUUUGCAAUAUUGUCUGGAAUACGAUGCUGCUGUUGUCGAGUUCCUGAGGGUUUUGAAAAUGUUUCCAGACUUGGAUGAUGUCUGAAGGCUGUUUUAGGAUUAAAAAGGCCAAGACUUUUAAUUGCGGUGAAACAAUGAUAGUAGAUUCUGUAUUACAGAAAAUCUGUAAAUAUGAAGGGGUGUGAUAUAAUCUGAAUCAACUUUUAUGUGCUUUUUUAUGUUGCUGCUUUUGAAAGGUUCAGGUUUUUUUUUUUUUUUACUGCAAUGAAGAAGUGAAAGAGAAAUGAACUGCAUAUGAGACUACUUUAGAUGAUUACAGCCUAUUAAUUCUCUCUCAAGGUCUUUCUUUAAAAUAGUUAAUAGCUGAACUAAGGGCCAGAUGUCCAACUGCAAGUCAUUGAGGCUUUCUUUUGUAAGUUAAUGCUGAGGUGAGCAAAUGAUGGUGAUAAAACCUUGUGUUCCCUGACCAAAUAGUUUUAAUAGGUUUCAAUCAUGCUUUUAAUGUACCUAGGAAUUUUAUAAGAGUAUUGAAAACUUAGUGGCCACAGCUGUCUGUUGCCAUGUCCUGGGAAAUCAAGAGAAGAAGGUUAGUUAAUGUGUGUGUAUUGGUAGAGACAUCUACUUAUUGAGCAGAUUUUUUUUUUUUGCCAUUCGAUAAAUGUUUUGCUUACUCAAGUCACUUAUAAAAAGUAAGUGUCGAAGUUAAAUACGUGCUUCCGCUUUCCAAAAAGGGACUGCUGAUCUUCAAUGAUCAUCUGCACGUUUUUGUGUGUUUCGUUUUUCCCCUUUAAACUGCACACGUAAUGAAGGAAUUGAUUUUGGAGUGGAGAAAGUGAUUUUCUGCACGGGCGAAUUUAUUCCGUUCUUGGAGUUCACUGUUUGUAUCCCUCACUUGCACACAAUGGUUUUAUAUUUUUGGUAAUAGUCUGACAUGGGAUGCAGUGUCCUCAGAGCGUCACGAACAUAGCGUUCACUGAGCGUGGUCCCUAAAUACCAUGUUGGAUCUGGGCUGCCACAUCUCGGAUGGAUGUUAGUGGAAGGUCUCUUGUCCCUUUGCUUCUCUGUCCUUCAUUUUCCAAGGAUCUCCCUACUGUUCGUCUGCGACUCUCUAGAUGGGAACUUCAUGAGUUGUGUAGAGCAUCAUGUGGUUUUUGUGUGUCUGCUCCAGAUUCACAGGCUGAGGGGCCUAUGGUCGGAGCUGUAGACAUCUGUAUAACAUUUGAUAGUCGUGGUACAUCCAUUUAUCUUGUGGCUUUUAUUUAUUUGCACUAACUGGUGGUGAAGCAUUUCAAGACUUCUUGUAGACCUGUAUUUCUAAAAUAGAAGAGAAUACUGUCAAUUGUUGUCUGAUAGGUUUUGUUGAGUUUACAGUUGGCUCCAUGGAGACUACAGGACAGAGGAGACCUUUUCCCCUCCUAACUUACUUGAUACUAUAUAGGAGAGAUUCCAGGUAAUCCAUAUAUCUAUUGCCUGUGGCAGAGAACUCACAUUUCAUCAAUUCCUACAGUUUACCAGCUAUUUUAGUUCAAAGUAGCUGUUGUACUAUGUCUUUUUUUUUAAGUGUUUCUAUGUUAAAAAGUUCUUAAUGUAUUGCUUUCAAAUACAAUGAUUUUGGUGCAAUAUUUUUAACUGGUGAAGCUUUGAACUGUUUAUUCCACUGAUAGUUGACGUGAAAUUCUCCUGUUUCAGAGUAAUUCAGCCUACCUUUUAAAGAAAGGUACAGUAAAUCAUGUAGAGUAUAGAAUCUUAGAAUCAUAGAAUGGUUUGGGUUGGAAGGGACCUUAAAGAUCAUCCAGUUCCAACCCCCCUGCCAUGGGCAGGGACACCUUCCACUAGACCAGGUUGCUCAAAGCCCCAUCCAGCCUGGCCUUGAACACUUCCAAGGAGGGGCAUCUACAACCUCUCUGAGGAACCUGUUCCAGUGCCUCACCACCCUCACAGUAAAGGACUUCUUCCUGGCAUCUAAUCUAAAUCUACCCUCUUUCAGUUUAAAGCCGUUACCCUUUGUCCUGUCACUACAUGCCCUCAUAAAGAGUCCCUCUCUGGCAUUCCUGUAGGUCCCCUUUAAGUACUGGAAGGCCGCUAUGAGGUCUCCCUGGAGCCUUCUCUUCUCCAGGCUGAACAACCCCAACUCUCUCAGCCUGUCUUUAUAGGAGAGGUGCUCCAGCCCUCUGAUCAUCUUUGUGGCCCUCCUCUGGACCCGCUCCAACAAGUCCAUGUCCUUCUUAUGUUGGGGGCCCCAGAGCUGGAUGCAGUACUGCAGGUGGGCUCUCACGAGAGCAGAGCAGAGGGGGAGAAUCACCUCCCUCGACCUGCUGGUCAUGCUUCUUUUUAUGCAGCAGUAUGUUGUUUUCAAGAUCUUAUUCUACCUUGUUUUGUAUUACUUCAUAUUAGUUUGUUAGUAUUGGAGUCAAGUGUACUUCUGCACUGCAAGCUCUUAAUUUACAGUCCAAGUUGUUACUGGCAUGCACUUUACGUACUUGCUGAAUAUGGUGAUUAUAUAUACACACACUAUGUACUGUGAAAUAAAAUAUUGUCUGGGGUUCUCUUGUUUGUUUCCGAUACGCAAAUCACUGUUGUUUUACUGUGAAAGGAAGAUAUGUUUACACAACUAAUUAUUUCAUGAAUUUAAAAGUAUACUUUGCACAAAAUGUAUGUUAACUGAACCUGGUGCUGACUGGGAACGAAUCUCUGAACUGAAUUGGCCCAAAACCAGGAUUGCCAAAAGUAAAUACUAAUUACACGUCAUUUAGUUUAGCAUUCUUCGUGCCAUACUUUUUAUUGUUGUGGUUUUUAGCACUAGCUGUUGCAUCUGAUUCAGUAUUUUGUGGUUUGUGUUAGUCCAACAUGUCCACGCUGCAGCAAAAAAUUGUAAUAUUGUUUGUAAGAAGCGACCCAUUCGAGAGCUGUGCAUUAGCUGAAUUUCAUGUGCCUGGAGGACUUUCAAUCUGUAAUUUAUUCUUAUUAAAUAUCUUGGAAUAGUGA